GUAUUAACGUCGACCAAUUUUCGAGACAUCGCGUAAAGUGUGUUCGGUGUUCCUGUAUUCGUUAAAAAUCAUCGAUUCGAUUGGGUGUCGUGUCGUUUAACCUUUUUAAAUUAACGAAAUCGGAGAGAAUAUCAAAAUAAGAUUUUCUUUAGCUAAUCUUUACGCAUCUUCACAGUUUUACGGAAAUCUCCCUGGUUUGAUAGUUACACAGUAAUAUCUCAUGUACACAAUGAUUCGAUAUGGAGUACAGCUUACUUUUUACCCCCUUUUCAUAAAUUACAUAUGUAUAUGAUGUUCUUUUUAAGUUUCCUAUCUUAGUCUUAAUUAUUUGCAUAAAUCUCUCAGCAUUAUUAGUUACUCCAAACAAUUAGUACAUUUGUCACAGAAACUACAGUAAUUUAAUAAGAUACAUUUUUUCACUUAACGUAAAGUGUAGAUUUAAUAACGAUCGAGUUGCAGUUAGAGAAAUAUUAGUAUCGAAAGGAUUCACUUUUUUACAGCAAAAUUGUUUUCGAUUAUUCUAACGUUUAUUUUCAUUCGGUAACUACAACUGGGAGUAGCUACGUCGUACUAUAUCAUGUAAAAUUACCAAAUUCCAAAGCAAACUAGUAAUAAUAAAAACCAUAGAACAACAUAAAAUAUCAAUUCGAUAAACACAAGACGCCAUUGGAUAAAAUAUACCUAAGAGGCUUGGUUAACACCACGGUAACUCAUUCAUCGUUUGCUCCGUGAUUCUAGCGUUUAGUGUAACAGCUACCGGAGUUCAACUCGGAUGUUUUGGCAGCUGAUUUAAUUCUUACUGACCAUUAUCCGUAGAAAUAUUUUGAAAAUUUUUGGACUGUCCAUGCUAAUGGAAGGAUCGCGUGGUGUUGUGACAGUAAAUUUUUUGUGGUAGUUCGAUACUAAGUAAGGGACAACGCACGAUAAAGCUUCUUGCUUUAUUCGGGGAAGUAGCGAACGAUGACGUCAUGUGCUGAAACAUAAGCUGUUUUCACCUUGUUCCGCUACAACAGUAUUUCGCGGGUACAGGUGCAAACAAUAUAAAAUAAAAAAAAUUUAUUGGCGUUUUGAUCGCUUAAUAAAUUAACAACACAAUGGAUUCUGAAGAGGAAACAUACGAUGAUGUUGAUUCUGGCAAUGAAUCCAGUGGGGAUGAUGUGGAUUUUGCUAUGGAAAUAGAAGCUGAAAAUCCAAGGGAACGGACAACAGAUGUUGAUGAUUAUCCUUUUGAAGUUUUGUCAACAGAGGAGAUAGUGCAACAUAUGAUUGAUUCCAUAAAAGAAGUGAAUACAGUUGUAGAAAUACCAGCAACAACCACACGUAUUUUAUUGAAUCAUUUUAAAUGGGAUAAAGAAAAAUUAAUGGAACGUUUCUAUGAUGGGGAUCAAGAAAAAUUGUUUGCAGAAGCAAGAGUUAUUAAUCCAUUUAGGAAGGGUCCAUUAAUAAAUAGAAAUCAAUCUUCUCAAAGCUCUUUGUCUAGAAGAACAUCAACAAAUGGUACAGAGGAGUGUGGAAUUUGUUUUAUGGUUCAACCAACUGCGUUGAUGACUGGACUUGAAUGUGGACAUCGCUUUUGUACUGGUUGUUGGGGAGAGUACCUCACUACCAAGAUUAUGGAAGAAGGGGUGGGUCAAACAAUUGCAUGUGCAGCACAUGCUUGUGACAUUUUAGUAGAUGAUGCGAGCGUUAUGCGUCUUGUAAAAGACUCUAAAGUUAAACUGAAAUACCAACAUUUAAUAACAAAUAGUUUUGUCGAAUGUAAUAGGUUACUAAGGUGGUGUCCAUCUCCAGAUUGUAACAAUGCUAUAAAAGUACAGUAUAUCGAAGCAAGACCUGUGACUUGCAAGUGCGGCCACACAUUCUGUUUCCAUUGCGGUGAAAAUUGGCACGAUCCCGUGAAAUGUCAUUUACUCCGUAAAUGGCUAAAGAAAUGCGACGAUGAUUCGGAAACAUCAAAUUGGAUUGCUGCAAACACAAAAGAAUGUCCCAAAUGUAAUGUCACCAUCGAAAAGGAUGGUGGAUGUAAUCAUAUGGUCUGUAAAAAUCAGAAUUGCAAAACUGAUUUUUGUUGGGUAUGCCUUGGACCGUGGGAACCGCACGGAUCUAGUUGGUAUAAUUGUAAUCGUUACGACGAAGAAGAGGCUAAAGCUGCCAGAGACGCUCAAGAAAAAUCAAGAUCCGCGUUACAAAGAUACUUAUUUUAUUGCAAUAGAUAUAUGAAUCAUAUGCAGUCAUUGAAAUUUGAAAGUAAACUUUAUGCAAGUGUAAAAGAAAAAAUGGAAGAAAUGCAACAACAUAACAUGUCAUGGAUCGAGGUACAAUUCUUAAAAAAAGCAGUGGAUAUUUUGUGUUCUUGUAGACAGACUCUUAUGUAUACUUACGUUUUUGCUUAUUACGUGCGAAAGAACAACCAGUCUGUGAUUUUCGAAGAUAACCAAAAAGAUCUAGAGGGCACAACAGAACGUCUCUCGGAAUAUCUCGAAAGAGAUAUCACAAGUGAAAACCUUGCUGAUAUUAAACAAAAGGUUCAAGAUAAAUACAGAUAUUGCGAUAGUCGGAGAAAAGUGCUUUUGGAACAUGUACAUGAAGGUUAUGAAAAGGACUGGUGGGAGUAUGUGGAAUAGAAAGCUAUACCAGCUUUAUUUUUUAGGGGUGUGAGACAAGUUUUCCUUCUUGUCACUUUUGCCCCAGCUGUGAUAAAUCAAGAAAGAUGACAAGAGACAAAAAUAGAGCAUGUCACCAAGUGAUUUACGUGUUAGAUAUACUUUAAACACAAUAUGAUCUGUGGCAACACAUAUAUCGUUAUGAAUUUUGAAUUAAUUAAAAUUGAAUCCUAUUACCAUCGGGUUAAAUGUAAAAUACUUUUGUAUUGAUUACUGAUGCUAAUUUGCG